UUGGGGUCAAAGCGGACAGAAAGCGGACGUUUUCGCGUCCUCGUCGUCCGUCUGUGUCCACCCAUGCCCCACCUGUCACUCUCUCCUUUUCUUUAUCGGUGCACACAUGGGCAUGCCCGGCGACGACUCGCGCUGUCGGCCUCGAGUGCGCGGCGGCUCGUCGAGCGCACCCACGACGGCGGUCGACGGCCAGAGGCCGCUGGACUUCACGACGGUCGCUCCGCCAGCGUGGUCGGCCGCCUCAGAGUCGGGACCAGGAGCCCCCGCCAGCGUGGUCGGCCGCCUCAGAGUCGGGACCAGGAGCCCCCGCCAGCGUGGUCGGCCGCCUCAGAGUCGGGACCAGGAGCCCCCGCCAGCGUGGUCGGCCGCCCUCGGCAGCGGCAGGGGUGUCUUCGGUCGCCGUCGAGCUUUCGUGGACCUCGAUCCAGGGCCGGCGGCGCUCGGCGCACACAUGGACGCGCCCCUGCCCCUGCGCCCCCCGCUCCUCCCCGUCCUCUGCCCGCUCGGCGCCCCUGCCCCUGCGCCCCCCGCUCCUCCCCGUCCGCUGCCCGCUCGGCGCCCCUGCCCGGCGACGACUCGCGCUGCCGGAAGCACCCGCCCAUGCCUGGAGCUUCAAGUAGCAGCUCCCGCCCUGGGCGCGAGCGAGGGCCGACGAGGCCGACGGCGAGCCGGGCGGCAGCGGACGCCUCCUCUUGGAGACGACGAUGUUGGUCGCGGCAGCUGCUUCCGCCGCGGCAUGCCGCCCACGUGCCCGCCGCCGGGGAGCGCCGUGGCCGACGCCUUCCGGGCCAUCGCUAGCAUGCCGCCCACGUACGCGUCACGCGCGCGCCUCAGCAGCCGCCUGGGCGCCGUCACGACCGCGCGGACGGCCCGCGCGCGCCGAAGGAGAAGCCCGCGCCGGACGACCCACGCGACGCGCACCGGAGCCGCCGAGGCGCUGCGUGCCCUGGGACCUGCUGCCGCCGCCCUCGCCGGCCUCCAGGCGCUGGUACUUGCGCCGGCGCCAGUGCGCGCGCACGCCCUCGUGAACCCGAUCGGGAACGCCUCCAUCUCCAUGGGCGGCCGGCUAGUGUGCUGGUUCGCAAUGCCUGCUAUGUGUUUGAAGAAAUGACGAGGACGGACAACUGGUGAAAUGGGGUAACAGCGUUGGGUGGAGCGAGUUUGUCCGGCCUCUGUCCGCCGUUUGCUCUCCCUAUAUCUACCCCAUACGGACAAAAUCCGGACAAAAUGGGGUAAAAUUUAGGGUCGUGGGGUGGAGUUGGCCUAAAGACCGGGGCGAAAUUAACUCGCGGUCUUCCCAUCCAGGGAAACGACGGGGAUCCCGGGGGAUCCCUUGCUACCAAACUAGGCCUUAACGUGGCCAGAGAGGUACAAGAUCGCGCUCGGCCUGGGCUCCGCCUUGCAGUACCUCCACACGGAAUGCGACCAGUGCAUCGUGCACCGCGACAUCAAACCCGCAAACGUGAUGCUCGACGCGUCGCGCGAUCCGCCGGCUGCAAGGUAACGUUUCCCAUUGAUAUAUGCCUUGUAUUGGAACAUUGCUAAAACCGCUCAUCCAUCUCAACGCAGUUGUGCAUCGGCCGCUACCUAGCAGAGCCAUUAGAAAAAUCAUACUUGAAUCAUGUUUUGUGGUGAGAAAACCAUAUUUAAAAUUAAUGGAUAUAUAUAGGAUGAUCCAGCAUAUUUGGAUUUAUUUACUUUUUCUUAUUUUAUUGUCUGUGAGGGUGUAUUUGAUCUCGGGAGCAGAUAUGUGUCUGUUUUGUAUUGGAACAUUGCUAAAAGAGCUGACCACUCUCAAAGCAGAUGUGCACGACGGCUUACAUAGCAGAGCGGUUAGAAAAUGCGCCUUGGUACGUUCUCCCUUUGUCAUCAGUUUUUACGUAUACAGAUAAAAACAGAAAGCGUAAAUCCAAGAAUGUUUUCUCGGGGAAUUCCUGUCCUCACCUGACCUCCUCUAUUAAUAAGCUUGCUCUGGCUAACCGAGGCAAGGCAACCCAGGAGCAACAACACAGUAACACACCAUGGCUGCCUGCAAUGCAAGAGUCCACCAUAUCUUGCUCGCGCUAUCCGGUGCGCUCUACCUCGCGUCUCACUCCACCGCAUUCUCCCCCUGGGAUGACCCCGGUGUGAUCUCUCGCCUGGCUGACCAUGAUACCUUCCUUGCACUUAAUGUCACCGUGGGCAUGUUUGAUCUCCUCGACUUGGACUGGUGCUCUAUGGAGGAGCUGCCUCCUCCCGGCCCCGGCACCAGGCCAGCAGUUAUCCGCCGCGGUUCAACCUUUCCCAGGCCUGUGAUGCUCAUCAGCACUCCUGAGGGCUCCUUGAGAGAGAAACAUGACUAUGAUAACUGUACCGCCAGGUUUUUCUCUCAUUUCUCUUCCGCGUUCGAAGAAGAAAUUGUAAUUGGGCUGUCCGAGAGCAUGAGCCGAAGAGUGCCCCGUCCAACCCCUCACAGACUCCCAGACCAACCUAGCGAGCGAAAAUAUGGCCGUAGAGCGAUGACCACAUGGAAGAAACAGCAGCCUGUUGCGAUCCGGGGGGAGGUCGCGUCGUCGUGGUUGAAGCAAGCGGCUGUGGCAGGUUCGGCUUUGUUUGGGUUGAUUUGCGCUGUGCCAGCUCUUGUGCUCUGCUGCAUACGCGGAAAGGGGCUGAGGCAGAGCACAUCGGUUAUCGAGCUCCGGCGACGAUUAGGACCUAGGGAGUUUCGCUACCGCGAGCUUGCCGCCGCGACACACAAUUUCGCCGAACAGAAAAAGAUCGGGAGAGGGGGGUUCGGUCCGGUAUACUGCGGCUACUUGAGUGACCAAGACCGGCAUGUGGCCAUCAAGACGCUCUCGGAGGAGCCGACGGCGGUGCAGGGGCGCAAGGAGUUUGAAGCAGAGGUCAGUGUCAUGAGCCAGCUUAGGCACCGCAACAUCGUCCAGCUCGUCGGCUGGUACAGUCGCCGUGGACGACUAGCGCUUGUCUACGAGCUCAUGCCCGGAGGCAGCCUCGACACCCAUCUCUACAGUCCUGACAGACGCUUAUUAACGUGGCCAGAGAGAUACAAUAUUGCUCUUGGCCUGGGCUCUGCCUUGCGGUACCUCCACACCGAAUGCGACCAGUGCAUCGUGCACGGCGACAUCAAACCCGCAAACGUGAUGCUUGACGCGUCGCUCGACGCCAAGCUCGGCGACUUCGGGCUAGCGAGGCUCGUCGACCAUGGAGCAGAGCCACGGACAACGCAGGUCGUCGCGGGAACCCUCGGGUACAUCGACCCGGAGUUCGUCAGCAGCGGCAGGCCGAGCGCAGAGUCCGACGUGUACAGCUUCGGCGUCGUGCUCCUCGAGAUCGCCUGCGGCAGGCGGCCGACGUUGACGCGAACGGAUCAUCAAGCCUCGACGGCGCUGCUGGCCUCGGUCCGUGGCAUGCACCACCGGAACCAGAUCGUCGAUGCAGCAGACCGGAGGCUGAAUGGCGAGUUUGACAGACUGCAGAUGGAGCGUCUGCUGGUGACAGGGCUGUGGUGCGCGCACCACGACCCGAUGCGGCGGCCGUCCGUUGCGCAGGCCAUGGAUGUGCUACGAUCUGCAGACGCCAAGUUGCCCGUGCUUGCAGAGAUGCGUGGCGCUGGGGAGGUUCGGUCUUUGGAGGCACAGGCUUAUGACGAUGUGCCUGUCGAGAACUCUGCUUAUUUAACAACUGAAAGUGCGUCCCUUAUGACCGAUGAUUCCGAGCACUCCCAAUGCAUCAUAUGCUAAGCUACAUCAUAUUGUAUGUGUCACAAUUUUAAAGUUAGGUGCUCAAUGUCUAGUUGCCUGGAAAAAUGUCUGUAAACCAAAAAUGUGUGGUGGUCUAGGCCUAAAAAACCUGCAUCAACAGAACAAAUGCUUGCUCAUGAAAUUCGCUGUCAAAGCUCUUAAUCCAGAACAAUCUCCAUGGCUUGACUGGAUCACUUUGCAACACCCAAAUGCCCUCCUCACCCCACAAAACAGUCACUCAUUUAUCUGC